AUGGGGGUAAAGGCUGGAAUUUGGGGAGAAAAAUGGAUCCCAAUCCCCAAUACUUUUAUGAUUCAAACUCAACCAAGAUUCAUGUCUACUACAGCAAGGGUUCGAGAACUAGUUGAUACCGACACAAAUUGGUGGGACUUUCAAUGCCUGAGUGUUAAUUUCGAUACGGAGGAGGUGCGGGCUAUUGCUUCUAUUCUUAUAAGUGGAGUGGGUAAUAAUCCAGAUGUGAGGGUGUGGAGGGGUACUGAUUUUAGAAUGUUCUUUGUUCGUAGUGCAUAUCAUUUAGCUAUGGAGUUAGAACACAGGAGUAAACUGGAGUGUUCUAGAAGAAUGGAGGAAAGUGAGAUUUGGAGGGAGUGUUCUAGAAGAAUGGAGGAAAGUGAGAUUUGGAGGGUCCUGUGGCAGCUUCAGAUGCCCAAUUCUGAUAAGAAUGUUUUGUGGAGAGGUUGUCAUAAUAUUCUUCCAACACGUGAUAAUCUUUUGAAGAGGAAAAUAUUAACGGAUUCUCGAUGUCCUUUCUGUGGAAUUGAAAUAGAAGCGGCCACUCACAUUUUGUGGUCUUGUCCUUCAGCUUCUGAUGUGUGGGGCACUAGAGAAGUAUUUUUUCAGAAAUUUCAUUCUUCAGGUGCAGAUUUCUUACAACUAGUAGAAGAGAUGUAUAAGAAGGGCGAUGUGGAAAUGCUCACUGUGUUUGCUAGACAGUCAAAGAAUAUUUGGAUGAGGAGGAAUGGGGUGAUCCAUGUGGAAGCUUUUACUAAUCCGAAUGAUCUGGUUCGGAUAACAAAUCAGGUGAUGGUUGAUUUUAGUCAAGCUAAUCUAUCAACUACUCCAACUGUGAGGCAGGAAAGGAUGGCACCAUCAUCAAUUUGGACAAAACCUGUUGUGGGUUCGUUCAAGAUUAACUGGGAUGUGGGGUUCAAUCUGGAUACGGACAAAUUUGGUAUGAGAAUCGUGAUACGUGAUUCUAAUGGAAGGUUUGUAGCCGCUCAUACUGUCCCAUAG